AUGAUUUUAAGCAAUCGUCCCUACCAUGUUGUACUUGUUUUGUUAUUACUGUUAUUACUGUGGAAAGAAGGAUCCUGUUGUCCUUACGGAUGGACAAUAUACAGGAACUCUUGUUACCAUGUCAGUAGGGAUUCCCAGAACUGGUUUAAUGCUAUGAAAAUGUGUGAAAUACACGAAAGCUACCUAGUGCAUAUAGACGAUGCUGAGGAACAGGUCUUCAUUACACACUUACUUCAAUCGUCCAGUGCUAAUAACACGUGGCUUGGUGCGACAGAUUGGACAGUGGAAGGUUCAUGGCAAUGGGAACCACAUGGGUACAAGUUGAAUUAUACAAAUUUUGCUCCAGGUCAACCAAAUAAUUAUCAUUCCCAAAACUGCUUAUUAAUGGAUCGUCUUCAUCAUUAUCAGUGGAACGACUUGGAGUGUCUCUCCUUGACGAGGCAUUAUGUCUGCGAACGAAGGGAAAACAGUGGCAUCAUCUUUGGAAAAUGAAAAGAAAAAUUUCGUUUUUCGCUUCUAUUUGGUUUUACAAAGAGUGUCUGUAUGCAUACGGCUUUACAAUAAAUAAAACCAAUCUGAGUAUUUUUCAGGCUCCAGCCACUGAAUAAAACACAUCGUUACUCAUGCCUCUUAAUUAUUAGGUCACCUAUUGCUAUUUGUUUUCGUCCGUUGUCGUCCGUCGGGCGUUAAGUUUUGGACACAUUCAACUUCUCUGAAACCACUUAUCCAAUUCAACCAAUCUUUGCAGAUAACAUCUAUGGGCAAAGGGGAACAAAAUUUGUGAAUAUCACAGUCCCUGGCCCCCUGGAGCCUCAGGGUGGGACCAAAAGCACUAGAAUUAAUGCAAUCUUCAAAAAUCCUCUUUACUCCUGGACAUCAAGCAGUCAAACUGUUGCGUGAUUGUAAUACGCAUUGAACCGUCUACCAAAAAUUGUAGAAUCCAUGGCCUCAGGGUC